GACAACUUGGCUCUGUAGGAAGCCUCAUAAUUUUACAAUGUAAUGCAAGGAUCUACCUUAUUUGUCAGUGCAUCAUACUGGAAUACGAAUUACUUCAGUGUUGGAAGACUUACAACCCCAAGAUAUGGGUGAAUGAUCAUGCCAGUUUUGUCUUCUCCCACUUUUUUAAAUUUCAAGUUCUUUGUGUCCCCAAAAGACAUCCUUGGCCAUCUGUACCACCCAGAUUCAAUAGGUACAGUUAGGGUUACGGUUAUUCCUAGAAUGAAGGGGGGCUUAUGCUACCUACCUAUUGUGUAGUUGCAAAGAUGCAGGGCCUGUCAGAGAAAAGGUGGUAACACUAAUUCAGCACCACAAAGAAGACUGGGUACAGAGGGGUUCAAAGCCAAAAUCUGAGCAAGCAACAUUCUUAAGUUGGAUUGGAUGAAUCUGUUCUGCUUUCUUCCACAUGAGAAAAAACAGCAGCACCAGAGCUAUUUCUGUUUACAGAUAUGGUCAUUUUGAAUGCGAGUCUUACUCUUAAAAUGCAUAUUAAAAUAAACUGUGAGGUGGUUGUGCAGGAAAUACUUUAGACCAGCAGUGCAGGAUCUACAGUCCUCGGGUAAUCCCUGAAACUCUGUCAUGCAGUUCAGUUCCCCAAGACUCCAGUCAUAAGGGUGUUGUAUUUGAAUGUCUCUUAUAUUUUACAAAUGCUUGCUUUACUUUUAAUUGCCUCACUUAAGGAUUUAGGACUGGGUGCUACUUAAGGAAGGAAAGCAAAUAAGACCUGCAGCUCUGCCAUUAGAGUUUAGCUGUUCUCUCUCAGCAGCCACAUGCCCCUUCUUUAAGCCCCCUUGGAGAACAUAUGCUUCCUGCCUUGCCUUACCUGGUAACCAGAGACAUACACCAGCUGUCUGGUACAUUAAACAAGAGACUCAGAGAAAGUAGUACCUUCCAGUAAAGAUAACAGCAAGGCUGCUGGUGAUGGGAGACCACAGGGCUAUUUUAGCUGCUAAAGCAGGAGACUUAACCACUUUGGAGCAGCUACAUGUAGAUGGUGGUCUGAACCAGAACAUCACGGAUGGCUUGGGAGCAGGCCUGGUCCAUCAUGCAUCGAGAGCAGGCAGGCUGGAGUGCCUAAAGUUCCUGGUACUGCAAGCAAAGCUUCCCGGGAACCAGAGAGCAAACAAUGGUGCUACUCCAGCACACGAUGCAGCAGUCCUAGGGAACUUGGCUGAACUACAGUGGCUGAUCAAAGAUGGAGGGUACAGCAUGCAGGAACAAGAUGCUUCAGGAGCUUCUCCACUCCAUUUGGCUGCUCGCUUUGGACAUUCAGAAGCGGUUGAGUGGCUGAUCCAAGCAGGCUUUGACACUGCAAUGGAGACGCGGGAAGGAGCCGUGCCAGCUCAUUAUGCAGCCGCCAAGGGAGAGCUGACUUGCCUGCAACUACUGAUCGCUGCAGACCACAGUUGUGUGAACAAGCAGACUCGGAGUGGAGCUACCCCGCUGUACCUGGCCUGCCAGGAGGGCCACCUGCACAUCAUCCAGUUUCUGGUGAAGGACUGUAAGGCUGAUGUGCACCUGAGAGCACACGAUGGCAUGCAGGUGCUGCACGCAGCUGCUUGUGGUGGCCACUACGCCAUUGUUGUCUGGCUGGUGACCUUCACGGACCUCAGCCUCACGGCACAAGACGCAGAAGGAGCAACUGCACUCCACUUUGCUGCCCGAGAGGGACACGCCACCAUUGUUGACAGGCUUCUUUUGAUGGGUGCCGAGGUGGUGCUGGACCGCUGGGGAGGCACUCCCCUCCAUGAUGCUGCAGAGAAUGGGCACUUAGAGUGCUGUCAAAUGCUGAUCUCCCACCAAAUUGAUCCAAGCAUCCGUGACAGAGAUGGUUACACUGCAUGGGACCUUGCAGAAUACAAUGGACACAGGCAGUGCGCCUGUUACCUGCAAGAAGUGCAGAAGCUGGCUGAGCAGCAGUGUGUUUCUAACAGGCAAGAGGCUCAAGCAGUGAAGAGCCUACAGGCAACCAAUAAAUACCUCAUAGCUGCAGUUGGACAAGAGUGUCAUCAAAUACUGAGCAAUGACUUCACAGGCAUGGAAAAUGGCAAGGCCCAGCAGCCAAUGAGACCUCUUCAGUCAAAUAUUAGCCCUACAUCAAACAUGCAGAAAGAAGCGAAGAACACUCUUCAGAAAACACCCACUUCAAAGAUCUUCAACAUGGACGCACUCAAUGAGCCCAGCCAAUCCAUGGUAGCUGAGCUGAAGUUCAGUGAAUCCCUGCAGAAGGGCGAGAAAACAGUGCCAUCAAGAGCCAUAGUACCAAGCACCUGCCCAUCAAUGCUGGAUGAGAUGGGGAAGUCUGACAUUGAUGCCCUGGUGCCUACCCAUGAUGAAGAAGGCUGUUCUAUCCCAGAAUGGAAGCGGCAGGUGAUGGUGAGGAAACUGCAGGCCCAGCUGGUAUCUGAAGAAGGGAUGGGCAGGAAGAGCAAGGGAAGCUGCACACUGCAGAUGGGCGACUGGCAGUACUCCCAGGUUCACAAUGCUAUCCUGGGCCCCUAUGGGGAACUACUCACUGAGGAUGACCUGCUGUACUUGGAGAAGCAGAUUGAGAAGCUGCAGGUGAAGAAGAAAUGCCAGGCGUAUGAGAGUGAACUAGAAUGCCUGACUGAGGAGCUACAGACUGUUCUCCCGGCUCCCAUCGUCAAUAUCACAGUCAACCAGCAAAGUUCUAAAGAUGAUGGUCAGAAGCUUCCCGCUUGGUGCAACCAUAUGUCUGGAGUGGUAAAAAGCAUGUCCCUGUUGCUUACAAAUAUCAGUGGCCUGAAAAAGGAGGAGGAGAAUGAGAAGGAGCUUCCUAAGCCAAGUAAAGUCAGAGGAUUUUCAGGAGGCACUGCUAAAAGGGAGAUCUUGGAAUGUGGUGUGUCUGUAAGAAAUCUGAGGGGCAAUUUUGAAAAACAAGAUCUUUUGGGACAAUGCAAACCUUUUGAGUUCCAAGGAUUGGAACUGGGGACAGGUGAGGACUCAACCCCUCAAAUGUUAUCGGGUACUUCUAAGGGCAAGAGGGCAUGGGACUGUGGGGAACAUGAGUUCAGAGACAUGAAAAGUGCCAGCGACUCUGGAGUCAGUUGUGAGGAAACCUCUUCUGAAAUGGGUGGAUCUCUUGUCUCCACAGUAGAGGCUAGUAACCUGCGAAAACAGCGUAUAGUGCUGCUUUUUCUGAGUCAUUGGAAGAAAUUGGCCUAUACUCCUUCCUUGAAACUCAUGGCCAGGAAGGCUCUAGGCACUCAACAGCCUGGAAAAGUGGGGCUGGUCGAGGUCAUGGCAGAGGUCAAGAAGCAACAGGCUCCUCUACAGAAGUCUUUGACUGAAAUGAGCAGGCUGGGUCAUUUAGUUCAGCAGAGAUACACCAUCAAGAACCUGAUCAAGCAUUGGAGAGAUGUAAUCUCUCUCGUGCCAUCUCAGCAGAUCAGGCAUCUCAGUCACCAGCACACUGUCUAUUCUCCAGAACAAUUCCUGCCCUGUGUCAAUGGUGAACCUGCUGACUAUAAUAACUUAACUCUUGACCUGUUUAUGCUUGGCUAUUUCCACAUUCUGGAGUUGGACCUACUUCCAGAAGAACGCAAGGCUAGGCAUCUCCUUUGCUUUGAAGUUUUUGACCACUUGGGUAAGCAUCAGUGGGAAACAGUGCGCUCCUUUCACAAAGCAGUAAUGGAUGAGAUUGCUGCAGGCAAAAGAAGCUGGAAAGAUAGUUUUGAAGAUAUUAAGAUUCAGUUUUUUGGUGAUAACAAGGACUCAGUUAUGAACACAGAACUAACACCACCACUAACAAAUGUGAAACCAAGAUCCAAAACAAAUAUGACUCUUCAACAGGAAGCAAAUAUCCCAGGAAAAUACUUUGAACUAGGUGGCUUAAGCAGUGAUGAUAUCUGCAGAUAUAUUGACAGGAGUUUUGCUUUCUGGAAGGAAAAAGAGGCAGAGAUCUUUAACUUUGAUGGGUCGGGACUUUUACAUUAGCUGUCUUGAUGAAUGAAUAAAAGUAAGAUUCAACAUGCAGAGCAUGGAAGGCUGGCCUUGUGAAGUAUGACCUCAGUAAACAAGCCUAAACUGUUCUUUUUGAGAACUGAUAGAAAUGUCUACAAGAUGCAUGAGCUAAGGAGCAAACUACAAGUGGCACCGCAGCUCUGUGUGACCAAAUCCCAGUAGCUACUUCUCUGUUGCAAAUCAUCUUCAGGAGAAGAGACAGGAGGUUUUGCUAGCAUUCUGGGUCUGUGUUUACUUUGCAAGUAAUUCCAAGGCUCUGUGUGUGUGUGUGUGUGUGUGUGUGUGUGAUGGGCUUAUAUAAUAGCAGUAUAUAAUGGGCUUCCUAAUGCAUCAAUUUAAUUGUCAGUGAUGUUUCAGUUGUUUUUCGGUGGGAGGCAGAACCUCUGGCUUGGAGACCAAAUGUGGCUUUCCUAGAUGCCAAAUCCAACCCUUCAAGGCUCUUCAUGCAACAGGCCUUUCCCCUAACCACUGAUUGGUGGUUUCUGGGAUUGUGUGCACAUUUUUCUACAUUUUAAAGGUUUGAAAUGUAUUUCCUCAGGCUCAGUUACUAGCAAUAAGAGCUUUAUGAUGAAUAUGCUGGUAGUUUGGCCCUGCUCGCUAGUGGAUUGUGAUCUCCAAGAGCUUCUCAGAAAUUUGGCCUGUAAUAUGAAAGGUUCUGUGCCCAUUUUGUACAUUUGCGGCAUUUUACUGAUCAUUGUUUUUAGCUGUUUUAAAUUGAUUUGGAUAUUUGUAAGUCACCUUGAAUUUUGCAUGUGUGUGUUAAUUGAACCAUGUCCCUAGAAAUUAAAAUAAUUAUGAACCCAGCA